CACGCGCACUUCACUUUCUCUCCCGGUAAAAAAGCACAUGGCGAAAUGUACGUUAGGAAUUUCUCUUCAAAGUCUCGCCUAUUUCUAAUCCAAAUGUAGUUAUAUCGCGGUAUAUACCUGUCUCGCUGGCAAUGCGUUAGUUGCGCGCACGCUCUCGUGCAACAAAACGUAAAAAAUGGGCGUGAAAGAUUUGCAGCAGUUCAUAGAAACGCACUGCCCGAAUGCGUGUGUAUCGGUGGAUCUCCUGCGGCUUGCUCGCGGCAUCGCCGUGGCAAAGAAGCGAGCGGGACGGGAUGACCAUUUCGCACUCCUAGUCGACGGAGAGAGCUGCCUCGACCGUCUGUACGGCGGGUACUUCUCCGAUUGGAUAUGCGGCGGACAGUGGAACAGGAUGUUGCAGUUUUUAGCCGUGCUCGUACAAACGUGCUACCAAAACGGAGCCAUUGAACUAGUCGUGUUUUUCAAUGGCGCCGUGGAGCAGCAGCGCAUGCGCGAAUACGCGAAAACUCAGACGGAAAUGCGGCGAAAGAUCAAUCAGGU